AUGGAGUUUGACCGAUUAUUACACCGAGCAUGCAAUCCAGUAUCCUUAUCUGCCGCCAUUGGGCUUGCAUGCCUAUACGAGUCAAGGCUUAUUGACCAAUGUAGAAGUGGGCUUUCAGAGUUUAGGAAGGCCCCCAUGACUCUCGGGCCUUCUCCUAUACCUUCAGCGUCACUCACACGGGCAGGCAACCCCAUCAUAAAAAGACUAAGUCCAACGGAAUUACAAGACCAGAGAUCUCGUGGGCUUUAUUUCAAUUGUGACGAGAAAUUCUUGUCGGGACAUCGAUGUAAGAAAUUAUUUUUCAUCAAAGGCAUAUUCCCUUCUUCGGAGGAAUCCGAGGAUGAAGUAAUUACAGAAGAAGAGCUUGAAACCAAUAUACCUGAAAUUAGCUUCCAUGCUAUUUCGGGAACGUCAAAUCCAAGAACCAUACGUUUACUUAGCAAGAUUGGGGGUAUCCUAAUUACUAUUUCGAUAGACUCUGAUAGCACCCAUAAUUUUCUUAAUUCUAAGGUGGCUUCUAAAGUGGGAAUCAAGGCUACAAAACCAGGGGAAUUUUCAGUACAAGUAGUAAAUGGCAACAAAAUGAAGAGUGAAGGGUUAUGCGAAUCCACGUGUUUCAUCGUCCAAAAAAUUGAUUUCCAAGUUGAUGUUUUCCUUCUACCAGUAGAAGGUUGUGAUGCAAUUUUUGGCAUCCAAUGGCUUGACACACUAGGCGAUGUUACUUUUGACUUUAGGGAAUCAUGGAUGAGAUUUCUUAGGGAGGGCAGAUUGGUGGAGUUACGUGGGCAUAGAGGGCUUUCAAACAAAAUCCUAGCUGGACAGAAUUUUGGGCAGCAGUUAAAGAAGGGAAGUCAUGUUUUUUUGCUCCAAUUAAACUCCCUGAAUCUUGGAGAAAAGCAAGUGAAUCCGCAGGGCACAUUAAAUCUAGAAUUGCUAGCCAUUUUGAGUCAUUAUUCGGAUAUUUUCAUGGAGAUUCAAAGACUGCCACCUCAAUGUAUCCAAGAUCACAAAAUUCCAUUGGAACAAGGGUCUAAUCCAAUUUCGGUGAGACCGUACCGUUACCUGCAUUAUCAAAAAAAUGAGAUAGAAAAAAUAGUUCAAGGAUUAUUAUCAACCAGUGUGGUGAGGCCUAGCACAAGUCCAUAUUCCUCACCCGUUUUAUUGGUUAAGAAACAUGAUGAAUCAUGGAGGCUUUGUGUAGAUUAUUGGGCUCUCAACAACAUCACUAUUAAGGAUCGCUAUCCAAUUCCCGUCAUUGAUGAGCUUUUGGACGAAUUACAUGGGGCCCAAUUUUUUACAAAAUUGGAUCUACGGUCGGGGUACCAUCAAAUCCGCAUGCACCCGGGUGACAUAAAAAAAACUGCUUUUCGCACACAUGAAGGCCACUGCGAAUUUCUAGUCAUGCCAUUUGGUCUCACGAAUGCACCGGCAACGUUUCAAAGCGUCAUGAAUGAGGUAUUUAAGGAUUUCUUUCGAAAAUUCGUUUUAGUAUUUUUCGAUGAUAUCCUUAUUUUUAGCAAGUCUUGGGAUGAGCAUUUAAUUCAUGUGGAGCGUGUAUUUAAGGGCUAA